AUGAGCGUUAGUCACGAGCCAUGGAGGAACAGGCGAUUUCCUCAUAUUCACGACCACAAACAAAGACUCCUCUCAGAGUCAUAUCAACAUGGCUGCCCAGAUCAUUCAAACUUUCGGUCCAUCUCCCGUAAUGCCCGGAAGAAUUGCACCAUAGCGUCAUCAUCAUCAUCGUCAUGUCCAGAUAAAGUUAUGGACAUCGAAGGAAAGUGCGCACUGGUAGUAGACGGAACGAGUGGCGUGGGCUUUGCAUUCGCAGACGAGCUGUUGAAAAUGAAAGCCUCCAAAGUUGUCAUCACUGGCUUAGACGCAUAUAAGGGAACUGAGACGGCUAGCAAACUAAACAAACGUUACGGUCCAGCCAGAGUAGACUUCUACCAAGCAGACAUUUCCAAUCCGUUAGAGUUCGAAAACAUGUUCAAAUACAUCAAAAAUAAUUUUGAAGCACUAGACAUUUUUUUCAACAACGCUGAAAUACACAAAGGAAAAGAUGUGAUCACGACCAAUUUUGUCUCUAACAUUCAAGGAAUUACAUUGGCCUGCAAAAAUAUGAAAGGUGGAAGCGUCAUCGUAAACCACACGUCAGCCCUAGGACUUGACCCGGAUUCGGACAUGGUUGCUCAAAGCGCUGCUUCAGCGGGUUUCAUGGUCACUUCCACAGCUUUUGGCAAAAACAAAUAUUUCGAAAAAACUCAAAUUAGAAUGAUGACAUUGUGUAGUGAACUGCAGAUACCAUCGAUGUGCUUUGAAGGAAUGAGGCCAUAUAAACGUUAUGAACUAGAAGAAUAUAAAAAUAUUCAAAUUUUAAUUGCCAAGUCCGCAAGUUAUUUGGUCAAGUAUGGACCUAAAAAUACACUAUGGCUUUGUCAACGAAGUGGUGUAUUAAGUAUGGUGGAAUUACAAACAUUAAAUCAAUUCAUAGAAAAAUACGAACCAAGUAUAGCAGUAGAAAAAUCCUAG